AUGGCUCAGAGCAUGGAGGCUGAGUUGGAGGAUAAGUUUUGGCAGCUAUGCUGGUCGUUUGUCACGACUGCAGGCAACAAUUUGUUAGAUGGUCUGGAGUGGCUGCUGACGAGGGCGUCUAGCACAGAGGGCGGCAUACGACUGCAGACGUCAGACGGUCGGUGGAGGAUCAAGAAGGUACACGAGUAUCUGCGACAGAUGGAUCGGUUCUUAGAGCUGCUGCUUGGCUGUGUGCAUAUUGAGUCUGGACAGCCAGCGCGAGGCUCAGAGAUUGUGACGAUGCGGCACUGCAAUAGGCUGCUACAGGACCGCAAUAUCUUUAUUAUAGACGGUACUGUGAUGACGGACAAGCCGAAGGUGGUUCCGCGCUUUCUGCCGCCGCGCGUAGGGCAGAUUAUGGCGCUGUACUUGAGCUACUUACAGCUGUUCCGAGAGUUUCUGGUGGUAAGCGUGCUAAAUGGGGCAUAG